GAACGGAUCAUAAUCAUAAUUCGAUUGUCAAAAAUUCCCUAUAAAUAUUUUUUGACAGAUAUUUCCACAGAAAAUCUAUGUAGAUAUUUUGAAGAUAAAAGAAUUCGAUGCAAUAAAAAAAGAACGUUGCAUACACGUAAAGAAUUGAUAGAAAAACCUGCAUCAUUCAUGUAAAUUAUGUGAAUUCUAAAUGGAUAUAUGUCACGUAAUUGUUUUAUUAGGGAAGUCAUAUGUGUAAAUUAAUACAUAUGAAUAUGGAAAAACUUGCUCCUUGAACCUUCAAUAUCAUUAUUAUAGAUACUUUUUAUGCCAUUUCCUGUUUAAUCGAUGUUCAAGUUUAGGGUCUAGUUAUUCAUGUUCUCGCCUGUGUUGAAGACGAAAUACUGUGACUUUUACGUUUUAUACUUUUGGAUAAAAACUAAAAUCUAUUUAAAUUUAUUGGUUUUACACUUUUGAAUUAUAUUUGUAUCUUGUUAUACAUAUUAAUAUUUUAUAGUGUAUUAAUUUUAAUUUAUUAAAUUUAUUUAAACACACAUACACAAACACAUGGAAAGAAAUACUGAAGAUGUGUAUAUUCCGGCUUUUUAUGCCAGCCGCUCUAUAUUAAUAACCGGAGGCACUGGUUUCAUAGGAAAAGCACUCAUUGAAAAGCUGCUGCGAUCAUGUCCUGAUGUGGCAGAAAUAUUUGUGCUAAUACGACCAAAAAAAGGAUUAAACAUCAACGAUAGACUUAAGAAAACGUUAAGUAACAAGCUCUUUGAUGUACUCCGAAGCAAGCAACCAUCUUGUUUUGAUAAAAUUAUUCCUAUAACUGGAAAUGUAGCUGCUGAAAACUUAGGGUUGAUACCCUCCGAACAAAGAAUGUUAAUUGAAAGGGUAUCUAUUAUAUUCCACAUUGCAGCUAGUGUCAGAUUUGACGAAGGACUCAAAGAAGCAAUUUUCAAUAACACUAGAUCAACGAGAAAUAUUUGCAUUUUAGCUCAAAAUAUGAAGAAUUUAGUAGUUCUUUUGCACGUAUCGUCAACAUACACACAAAUUGACAAACCUAUAGUACAGGAAAUUCUAUAUCCCAUGGAAUAUGAUUGGCAGAAAAUGAUUAAAAUUGCUGAGACCAUUGACGAUUAUUCUUUAAAAACAUUAACGGCAAAAUGUUUAGAAACGAUGCCAAAUACCUAUAUCUUUAGCAAAAGAUUAGCCGAGCAAGUAAUAAGUGAUUAUUCCAAAUCACUGUCUUGCAUAAUCUUUAGGCCUUCAAUAGUAAUAUCGAGUUCGCAAGAACCUGUAGAGGGCUGGAUUGAUAAUUUUAAUGGACCUGUUGGCAUGUUGAUUGGCGGGGCCAAAGGAAUAUUACGUGUCGUGUUAGCUGACAAAAAUAUUGUGGCAGAUUUUAUGCCAGUUGACGCAGCUGUCAAAGCACUUUUAAUUGCAGCAUGGAAACGUGGUAUCAGAACUGAGGACAAAAUGAUUGAUGUCUAUAAUUGCUCAUCAAAUAAAAUAAAAGCAAUAGACGUAGGCAAUAUCGUUCGUUUAGGUUUUAACAUAACAAAGAAUUUUCCAUUUGAAAACAUAAUUUGGAAGCCUUCAACCACAAUAACAAAAAGUUAUUCGAUUUAUUAUACAUUGGUGAUGUUAUUGCAUAUUUUUCCGGCAUUAUUUUUAGAUGCAAUUAUGAAGCUGUUCGGUGUACGUCCAAUAUUGCUCAAUUUGCAAAGAAAAAUUUAUGUGACCAACAGCGCGUUAUCGUACUUCUUGCUAAAUGAAUGGACAUUUUAUAAUGAAAAACUUUUAAGUAUUCUGGAUAAUCUAAGUGCCGAUAAUAAAAAGGAGUUCGAAUAUCCAUACAAAAUUAUCGAUGUUUAUGAUUACUUUAAAAGUGGAGUAAUUGGGUCAAAGUGUUACCUUUUAAAUGAAAAGAUAGAUCAACCAGCACUAGAAGCAGCCAAACGACAUUCCAAAAGAAUGGAACUUGCUGAUACUAUUGUUAAGACACUAUUCGUUGUGAUGGUACUAUGCAUCCUUUAUUAUAAGAACAUAUUUUCUUAUAUUAUAAACAUUUUUUAAUAUCUGAUAAAAAAUACAAUUAUUCUGUAAAAUGUGCUAUAUAUAUAUAUAUAAAAGGUUUAAAUCUAAUUCAUUAUUUUAAUAUAAUAUUGUCAAAACCAUGCUAUUAAUUAAAAAAUAUUCUACAAAAAGUAGAAUUUCCAAAAUAGUAAGUAUUUUAUAAAAGUUUAAAUAUUAUAUAUGGUUUCCAAUGUUGAUCAAGCACUUGUUCUAGAUUAUUUAUGAUUAAAUAAUUAUUAUAUUUUUUAUAGAGUACCAUAUAAUAUAAUAUUUUUUAGCAUUUUAAUUUUAUCAAUUAAUAAUUAUUAUUUCUUUAAAAGCAAAAAUAUAUAUGCACAUUUUAUUGAUAUCAUGAGAUAAUAAAACAUAAGAUAUCAAGUCAGUAAUGUUUUUUGUUAAUUUAAAGUAUGUAAAGAUUAGUAGAUGUAAAGAUUACUUACAUCUAUAAAAUAAAUUAAAAAUGUAAUGAAUAAUAUUCAUAGGAAAAUUCAACAUUAUGCUUAAGUAUAAAUAUGUUUAAUAAUUAUGUUAUGAUAACAUUUUAAUCAUGUAGUAUAUAAACUACAACAUAUAUUA